UGCCUGUUGACUCCCUUUGCCUGCUGUCAUCUCUCUUCUUCCCACUAUCCAUCACCAACAUCCAUCAACUUCUCCGCAUUUCACAGGUCUUUUCCUCAACAACACCCAACAACAUCCAUUUCAGCCGUGAUUCAAGGAUUUAUCAGGGCUAAAAUGGAUUUGUUUCGCCUUCCCAUUGAGAUCCUGGAGGACAUUCUGAGCGACUGUGCCUCAGGAUUGGAACCGGUCCAAAGAGCACCGGCGAUGCCUCGAACUCCGCCUCGUGUCUAGCAAGUGGUCGUCCCCAUAUGUACAUUUACCGAAGAUUCUAAUACCUUCCAAUGAAUAGAGAGAUUCUAUACCCUCAUCUCGCGUUUCGCCCUGCUCAGAAUGGAUUGGGCCUUUUUGGAACAAUUCUGGGUGAUGACGAAACGCGAGGGGCUUGAAAGACUCUUUACACAGAAGAUCUUGUGCGAAAUCUCCGUGGCGAAGCCUGACUCCUGCUCUCUCCUCGUGCCGAUCAUAGAUGAGUUGGAGGCACAUGCUUUGACACCUACGGCAAAUACAGAUGAUCUCGAAGACAUUGUGAUCGAAACAGUCAAAAGUCUCAGCCACUGUGUCAUGUCGUUCCAGUGCCGCAUCAAAACAUGCCAGCAGUUUCUGAGUCCCAACCUUUCAAGCCUCGUGUUUCGCCAUCUGACUGGGCAGGAGCUCAUCAUCGCCGUGUGCACCGGGCGUCCCGAGGUGGUACGCGCGUUGAUCAGCCGCGGUUGCAAUGUGAACACUUACGAUGAGGCUGUGGGGACACCACUUUUCGCGGCUUUCGAGCUUGGUCGAUGGGACAUUGCUCAGUUGCUCUUGGACAGAGGAGCCAACGCAAACAUUGUUGCAUUUGCGAGCAACCCACUGGCCGCGGCUGCUAUGUGGAGAGAUGAGCAGACCGUGAAGUUUCUUUUGACGUAUCCAACAGUUUAUGUCAACGUGAGAUGCAACGACGGCACUCCGUUGUUCUGGGCCUGCCAGUCGGGAAAUCUCACUCUCGCGGAAAUCUUUUUGCGUCACCCUUAGAUCGAUUGGCGUAUUGGGAACGAGGACACCGUGACAC